AUGAAUAAUGAUAAUGUUGGGAGAGAACCUAUAGAUGUUGUUUAUGAUAAAAGGUUUAGUGGUAACAUAAAACCAAAAACAAAAAAGAAGAAAAGGAAUGAGAAUAAAAUUCGAUUAUUUCGAAUACAACAUUAUAUUUAUAAUAUAUUUACAUCAUUUUUAUGUUUAUUUAUUGUCAUAUUAAUUCUGUAUGCAUCUAUAGAUAUAUCAAUAAAUUAUGGGCCAGUAAUAAUAUUAUAUAUCUUAAUAUUAGAAUUGGGUAGUAUGCUAAUAUCAUAUAUUUUAUUACAAUUUCCUUUUUUUUAUCGUAAAUUAAAGAAUACAUUUAUGAGAGCUCGUAAUAUUAAUAAAUAUUCACAUCAAUAUAGACCUCUUUAUUAUGAUAACAACUCAUUUAAUGAGGAAAAGGAAUCGUUUAAUAGUUCUGAUGACGAAAAAAAUGGAAAAAGAAAAAGGAAACAUACAUAUUCUUUUCUGAGUUCUGAUAGAGGAGGAAAACGAAGUAGUUUCAGAAGAUUUCUUUCUUCAUAUAAAUCAAGAAAUGACAAUGAAUUUGUAAAUAGUAAGACUAUGAAAGGUAAAAGUAAAAGAAAAAGGAAAGGAUUGCUCAGUUUUAAUUGGAUAGGAUAUAAGAAUGGAGAGGCUGACAAGAAUACGAAUGAUAAUAAUAAUAAUAAUAAUAAUAAUAAUAAUAAAUAUAAUGAUAAUAAUGAUAAUAAUAAAUAUAAUAAUAAUAACAAUUAUAGUGAUAAUAACAUUUAUAGUGAUAAUAACAAUUAUAGUGAUACAUUAAAGAGCCAUAGUGAAGAAGAUGAGAGAAGAAUAAAAAAAAAAAAGAAAAAGAAAGGAAAAGAUAAACGCAUAGUAGUAUUUCCAAGAAAUGAUACUGAAGGAAAUAGUUUUAAAAGAGAAAGUAUUUAUAUAGAUGAUUGUAAUAUGUGGAUGAAAAAGACAAUGAGAAAAAGUAAUCGACCAAAUUUUAAAUUGACUAGAUCUCUUAGUUUCAAUAUUAAUAUGAAUAAAGAUGAUGAUUUGAUAAUGAAAGAUUCUGCUAGUUUAGAUAAUAUAAAGAUAUUUUUAGGACAUGGAUCAAGUAAAUUUUUAAGAGAAAAAAAUAAAUUACAGAAAAGGAAAACAUCAAUAUAUAAUAAAUAUGUGCCCUUAACAUUUGCUUCAUCAUAUAAAGAUGAUUUUUUUAAAGAGAUUUUAAAAUCUCAAACAGAUGGGAUAAUAUCUGGUAGUUCUGAAUAUUCUUCAUCUAGUGAUGAUUCUAAUAAGAAUAUGUUUAAAACGAUAUAUAUUAAUAAUAGUAAUAAUUUGGAUAAGAAAGGUAAGAAUAUGGAUGAAGACGAUGAUAUAGUUGUUGGAGAUAAUAUUUAUUCGAAUGAGAAUAUAAUAAUAAAAGAGAAUCGUUAUAGUAUGAGUAAUGCAAUAUUAUUUCAUAAAGAAAAGAGAAAAUAUAGAAAAAAGGAUAAAAAUAGUAUAUGUGAUGAAAAGAAGAGAAUAUCAUUUUUUGGUGUAAAAAAAUUAAAAAAUAAUAAAAAUAAUAAAAUAAAAAAAAAACAAAAAAAACAAAAAAGAUGUUUUAUAAAAUUAAAAUGUUUGAAUAAAAUAAAGAAUUUAUAUUAUUUCUUUAUAAAUUAUAAUAUGAAAUCAUCAAAAUGUUCGAAUAAUAUAUAUUUAUUUAUUCGUGGUUUUUAUAUAUAUACAAAACAUCGAUUUGUUCAUUAUUUAUCUUAUGAGCCAAUAUGGAUAGUUGCUAUAUUAAUAAGAAUAGUUUUAUGGUGUAUUGUAUGGAUAUGGGCAGCAAGUUAUAUGGAAAGGAAACCUAAGAAUUUUGAGAUAACAGAAUGGAAUAUGAAAAAUGUGCCUUCAUUUUAUGGAUAUAUAGAAUGUACAUUUCAAUGGUGUGGUGUUUUUGAUUAUUUUUUUGGUUUAUAUUUUUCUAAUAAUAAAUUAAAAUAUAUUUUUUCUUUUUUUUCAUUAAUAGAUUUUAUAACAACACCAGUAUCAUCAUUAAUUAUGAAUUUCUUUGUACAGGAUAAUAUUAAUCAUAAUUAUUGGUUUUUAAUAUUAGGUCCAUUACGUUUUUUACGAUUAGUAAGAGCAGAGAGUACCAUCAGUUCAUGUUUUUUUUGGUUGAAUGAUGUAAAAAUAAUAAUUAUAGGAAUAAUAAUAUUAGCUUUAGCUAUAUUAUUUACAUUCUCUGGUAUAAUGUAUAUAUUAGAAGCACCAGAUAUAGAAAGAGAUUUUAUAAAACCAUUAGAUUUUGUAUAUUUUGGUGUUAUUACUAUGUCUACUGUAGGAUAUGGUGAUUAUACACCUGUAACAAAAGCUGGGAAAUUUCUAACAAUGUUUAUUAUUAUUACAUGUAUUAGUUUUGUUGCAGCUCAAUUUAAAAGAUUAAAAGAAGCCAUGUUUAGUCCUAAAACUGUUAUGGGUAUUAUACCAAAACAAGAUGAUGAUUAUAUUUUAAUAUUAGGACCCGUAAGUCCUACUCAAUUAUUAUAUAUAUGUAAAGGUAUAAAUAAUAGCUUUCCUAAUUCUGUUGAAUCUAUUUUUUUAUUUACACCAUUACCUGUUGUUAUAUAUAGAUAUGUAUAUGGUAGUAUUGUUAAAAAUACCAAUAUUAAAAUUUGUAUUAGUGGAGGUAAUGAAUGUUUUAUUUGUCCUAGUAUUAUUUAUGAUGCUGUCAUUAAUGCUAGAGCUCUAUAUAUUCUUAAUAAUGUAGAUUCUGAAAAAUAUACUUUAUUGUAUCAACAAAUCUUUUUAGCUAGUAAUAAUAUUAAUUUUAAUAAUCAUGAUCAUCAAAAUCAAAGAAUUAACUCACAAGAUAUCUUACAUAAUAAUAUUAUAAAUAAACAUAAUAAAGACAAAUCAAAAUAUUGGAAAUAUGAUGAACUAUUCUCAGAAUAUAAAAAUGAAAUUAAUAAAAAUAAUAUGCUAAAUCUUGAAAUGAAUAUUAAUAUCAAUAAUUCAUUUUCUAUCAAAGAAAAAGAUGAUCAACAAUGUCUAUUAAGAUUUAUAGGCACUUAUAAUAUUUGUAAUUCUUUAAUACCUAUCACAUUACAAUUAUCUAAUAAUACAUAUGAAGAAUUAAUCAAAUCAAUGAAUGUAUAUAAUUAUAUAAGUAUUGAAGAAUUAAAAUAUGCACUACUAGCUAAAAGUGUUAAUUGUAAAGGCUUGUUCUUUCUUAUUAUCAACUUUUUCUAUAAACCCAAAGCCGUCAAAAGUUUAAAAAAAUAUAUAAUUGAUUUGAAGUUGUUAAUGUAUAAUGGAAUGUUGAGAAGAAAAAACAGACAAAGGUUAAGUAGCAGCAAUUUUAAAAUUAAACGUACGUCACAACAAAAUAAAGGCAAACAAAACAUUUUAAGCAAAAUUAGUUUGUUUUUCAAAAAAGAACAGAAAAUUCAAGUUCUUAAUCAACAGAUAAGUUAUGACGACAAAAAUAAUAGUAAUACUACAAAAACGAGAGGUAACAAUAGGAAUGAUAAUAUGGAUACACAAAUUGAAGGGAAGCGAUCUUUCCAAAUGGAUUCAAAGAAAAAAAAACAGGUCAUGCUUAAGGAGGGCAUGAACAAAGAUAUAAAUGAAGAGAUAAACAAACAGAUACUCCAACGAACGAAUGAAAGAUCUAACCAACUUAUCAAUGAAUGUUUAAACAAAGAUAUGAAUUCACAUAGAAAGGAUAGUAUUAAUGAGAACAAUAUUAAUGAACAUAUAGAAAAAAAUGAUCUCUUUUUUUUAAAUUCUUUAGAUCCAAAUGAUGAUACAAAUUUACAUAACCUUAGUUAUAAGAAUUAUUAUUACAUGUUAGAAAAGGUUAACUUAAAUAUGUAUUAUUAUUUAGAAGGAUUAAAAUAUAAUAUAUAUAGAUUUCAAUUUCCUGAGUGUAUGAGAGGUUUUCUUUUUCAAACAGCUUCUGAAUAUUUAUAUCAGAAAUAUAGUGCUUUUCUUAUUGGUAUCAUAACAAUAAAUAAAGAAAUAUUUUUAAAUCCAGUUAAUUAUAUUAUAGGAGAAGAAAAUAAAUAUUUUUAUACGUCUGCAUUUUCUGGUAUUAUAUUAACAACUAGUUUAGAUAGUUUAAUAAAAUUAUCUUCUAUAAAUAAUAUAUCAAAAAAGGUUUAUGAAUAUAAUAAAAGAUUAAUUGAGGAAAAAUAUAAAUCUACUUUUUCAAAAAAUUGGAUUCAUUCUGAUGACCAUUAUAGUAGUGAUCAUAAUCAUUUUGUUGCAAACACACAAAUAAAAGAAACUCAGAUAAAUGGGGAUGAAGUUAAAAUUGUUUUGACAAGUCAUGAUGAUUCUUUACAUCCAUCAGAUCCUUCCAUUAAGCUUCGAAAGAAUAGUAUGAGGAAUAUAUACAAUAAAAAGAAAAGUGAAAAUUAUGAAGAAAAAAAUAAAAUUAUGGACUACAAAAAUAUAAAUGAUGAUAGUACAUCACAUCAGGUUGAUGAUAGUAGUGAUUCUGAUAAUUUACGAAUAGAAAGUGUAUCAAAAAAGAAAAAAAAUAUUUAUUAUAAUCUAGUGUUGGGUAUAUGCGAACUGGAGAAUUACAUAUCAGCAUAUAAAGAUGCAUUUGUUGAUAAGGAUAAGCCAUUAUUACUAGUAUGUGGGUGGCCAGAUAAUAUCCACAUGUUUUUUAAAUAUUUGAAGAGAAAUGUAUAUAAUUCAUCUUAUAUGAAUAAAAAUAAUAAUAACAUUGACCCAUACAAUAAUAAUAAUAAUAUAUAUAGUAAUAAUAUCAUAAGAAAGGAAAAAAGGAAAAGAAAAAAAAUGAAAAAGUUAAAUGAUGAUAUAAAAUAUAAUAUUAUCAUUUUAUCAUUACAUGUCCCAAAAUUUAAUUACGAAAAUGAUCUUUUUAAUUAUUCAGAUAAUGUGGUAUUCAUAAGAGGUUCCCCUUUAAAUAGCUAUAAUUUAAUACAAGCUGGUGUUUUUUAUGCAAAGAGAAUUAUUAUAUUAAAUUCAAACCAUAGUUUAUUUAUUGAUAAAGAUGCAUAUAGAAUAGAUAAUGAAGUAAUAAUUAUUAAAAAUAUUGUAAAUCAAUUAUUUAAUUAUAUAUCUAAAAAUAAAGAAAAUUACUUUAAUUUGUUAAGGAAGACGUUUUCAAAGGAACAUAUGGACUUAACUAUAAAUGAAGAAAUAUUUUUAAACGACCAUAUUAAUAACAGUCCAAAUAUAAAUGAAAUGAUUAAGGUUAAAAUGUCAGAUUCGAGUUAUGAUUCUCUUGAUGAUAAUUAUUCAUCAGAUGACGAUUCUUCAGAUGAGGAUUCAUCGUCUUCUUCUUCUUCUAAUGAUGAUGAUGAAAAUGAUGAUAAAAAUGAUGAUAAUAAUAAUCAUGAUGAUGACAAUGAAGGAGAAAGUUUAUUGUUAAAACAGAAAAAAGAAAAGAAAAAAAAAAAGAUUAAUAAGUUAAAGAAAAGAUCACUAAAUGUUAAUAACAUAUUUAAUAUCAAUAAAAACCCAUACAUAAUUUGUUUAAUUAAAAAUUCAGAAAGUCUUGAAUAUAUUGAUGGAAGUAUAAAUUUAUCAUACGAAAAUUAUAACGAUAAUGAGAAAAUGAAUAAAAUAUGGGAAAAUUGUGGUGAAUAUAUAUAUACCUUUGAAUUAGUAUCAGCAAAUAUUUUUGUUCAUGAAAUGUUACAUAAUUUAGUUUCCUUUUCAUUACCAAUUAGUAAAUAUGCAAUCGAAUAUUCAGUUAUUUAUUCUUUAAUAGGUAUUGAUAUAAAUGAAUAUUCAAAAAAUGCACAAAAAUUUCAUAAAAAUUUAAAUCUUAGUACAGGAUAUGUUAGUUUAGUUCCUAUCCCUUCCUAUUUUUAUAAAAAAAGCUUCUAUAAAUGCUUUUCAUACUUUUUACAUAAUAAACUAUCCUUAUGUAUUGGAAUAUUAAGAUAUAUUGACAUUUCAUCCUUGUCCAAUAACUCCAAAAAGUUGUUCGUUUUAUCCUGCCCAUCCAGGACAAUGAAGAUUGAACCGCAUGACCAAGCUUAUGUUAUUGCACACAGGAUGUAA